GCAGGGCGGGAGCCGAAGGCGGAGGCCGGCCUUCCUCUCCCGGCUCUGCCUCUUGCUGAGGGAAAAGCCGGGGCCACGAACGCUCGUCGCGCCGCCGACGGGCUUCUGCCAUCUCCAUGCCGCCGACGCGUGGAACCCCGCAUCCCUCCCGACCUCGUCUUCGGCCAGGUCGGCCCAGAGGGUCGUCUGAAUGAACCCCGGCGGCGUUUCCCCGCUUUCUGAUGAGGCCUCUCGACCGCCCGCAGAGCUGCCGCCGACCGGGAGUCCGACCGGCUUGGGUGACUUUGUGCCUGGCCGCCCAGUGGGCUCUGCAAACUCAAGGAGGAGAAAUAUCCUUAUUCGUCUCACAGCCAAACCUCAACACUUCGGUGGCCGAGAACGUUUUGCUGUCAGUAGCCUAUACUGGUGAGACAAGCCCAGUGAUUGAGUGGAAGCACACAUCAGCAAGCGGCACAACCAAAAUCGCCGAAUGGAAGUCUGGCGUUUAUGCCAAUAUAUCCAGCGUUUACAAAGACAGAGUAAAUAUUUAUGACAAUGGCUCCCUGCAACUCCUGAAGGUGGAUUUUAAAGACUCCGGUUAUUACUUAGUCACGGUGAGAGACGAAUUGGGAAUCAUCCUAUAUGGGACCAUCCUGUUGAAUGUUUAUGAAAUUAUCUAUGAAGACCUGCAUUUUGUGGUCGUCUUCUUUGCCUUCCUCGCCGCUGCGUCUGCUGUUCUGAUCUGCUUGAUGUGGCUGUGCAAUAAAUACAUGCACUUUCUGCAAAUGGAGAGGCAGCAACUCCGAGUAAGCGAAACUGAAGAAACCGAGCUUCAAACAAUGGGGUGUUAAGCUGUGCAAAGCUGUAGAAUUGAUGCAAAUCAGGUUUCUACUUCAAGAAGCAUGAAAAAUAUUGUUGCUAUGCAUUUGUCAAACGCUGUUUUCUGAAGCAUUAACGGCAAAGGCCCCUGAAGGUCACAUACAGAAGGUUUGAGAAAUGCUGUCCUUCCCGUAUCUUAAUUUAUAAUGGACCCAUUUUAAAAAGAUCUGCAUUUCCUAGUUUUGCCAACACAUUCAUAAGACAUCUAAUUUUCUCUGAGAAUAUCAAAAGGCUACAAUUAAUUCAAUUGUAAAAUUAAUUUACAAUUAAUAGCUCUGUCAGGAGCAGAGCUACAAAAGCUACAGAAUAUGACUUAGCAGUAUGCUGCAGCUGCCAAAAAGCCAACACAAUUUUAGGCUGCAUAAACAGAGGGAUAGAAUCAAGAUCACGUGAAGG